CCCCUCCAAAGCCAACCGAUGACCCCUCUCCGGAGUCAAUUGACGACAGCAUUGCGACGUCUUUCAACCCUUCCGCUGCAACAGCAAUUCUCUGUCCUUCCUCGGCUGUUACAAAUUCGGGGCCAUACCACUCAGUCCGGCGCAGCUACACUUACCCAAACAGCAUCAACUGCCAUCAUGGAUCCCAAGGUCAAACAGCAUUACCUCGCAGACUCUCCACCCACGGUCGUGAGACUGGAAAUAAAACCUCACUUCGAGGCUUUGAAGGAUGAAAAGGUUAAACGCUAUGCUCACUUUAUGAGCAGGGCUGCAUUUGAAGGUACUCGAGUUGCCUUGCGCCAAGUUUCUCCUGAAUCCGAACCUAUUUAUGACUUGAUCAUCUCCCUGUACAAGACAGUCAACGGCGACUGGAAUAGCCUUGCACAGAAGACCGGAACUAGUGCUCAGGAUCUGCAGUACUUUCUAGAGUAUGCCACUCAGUUCCUCGGAAAUUGUGGAAAUUACAAGGGAUUUGGUGAUACGAAGUUCAUCCCGAGACUUGACGCCGGUGCAUUCAAGACACUCGCAUCUGUCACCCCCGAAACGCAGACCCUUUUUGAGAAAGCGAGUAGUAGCGGACAAGGAAUUUAUGAAACAACUGAGGUGGGUCUGAUGCAUCUGGGUUAUACAGAUAAGGGCCACCUGACCACCUAUUACCCUGACUCGCCUGCCAUUACGAAAGAUGAAAUUACAGCGGUGGGAGACUUUCUCGAGAAGAAAGGGCUUCCAGUGGAAAACACAAGACUGAGGAAAACAGGAAGCGGGGACUUUGAACUACUUAUUGCUUCUGCUCUGUCCUCACCCCCGGCUCACGACAGAGAUCUGGGAAAUGAAGACUCCUGGCCAUUGGAUGGUGCUUUGACUGGGAAGAAAUUGAGUUUGGUCUUUGGGGAUUACCAGAAUGAGAUGGCAAGGAUUGCCCACAGUGUCAAGCAGGCACAAUUGAACACGGAAAACGAAACUCAGAAAAAAAUGUUAGAGCAAUAUGCGAAGUCCUUUGGAACUGGAUCGAUCGAAGCCUAUAAAGAAAGCCAGCGUCUAUGGGUCAAGGAUCAAAAGCCUCCUGUCGAGACGGAUCUGGGAUUUGUUGAGACGUACAGAGACCCCCAUGGAGUGAGAGGAGAGUGGGAAGGGUUUGUGAGCACGGUCAACUUAGUCCGUACCAGGACAUUCACCGAUCUUGUAAACGGUGCAAAAGAAUACAUUAUCCGUCUACCUUGGGGCAAGGAUUUUGAGAAAGAUCGUUUCCUCAGCCCUGAUUUUACUUCUCUUGAAGUUUUAACCUUUGCUGGAUCAGGAAUUCCAGCUGGUAUCAACAUCCCUAAUUACGACGAUAUUCGGCAGAAUCUUGGUUUCAAGAAUGUGUCAUUGGGAAAUGUCUUAAGUGCCAAAGCCCCAAACGAGAAAGUACCGUUCAUUGCUGCUAAGGACCUCGAGGUAUUUCAAAAAUUCCGAGACGAUGCAUUUGAAGUCCAGGUUGGCCUUCACGAGCUGCUAGGGCACGGAACUGGAAAAUUACUUCAGGAAACGAACCCGGGCGAGUUUAAUUUCGAUAAUUCAAACCCACCAACCAGCCCAGUUGAUAAUAAGCCUAUUUCUACCUGGUACAAGCCAGGUCAGACGUGGGGCUCAGUCUUUGGAGCUAUUGCUUCUUCCUACGAGGAGUGCCGUGCGGAAUGCGUAGCCAUGGCCUUGAGCUGCGAUUUCGAUAUUCUCAAGAUUUUUGGAUUCGGUGAUGGCACUGAAAACCUGAACAACGAUGCUGGAGAUGUGUUGUACGUGGCCUAUCUGCAGAUGGCUCGAGCUGGCGUCCUUGCUCUCGAAACCUGGGACCCUAAGAGUCAGAAAUGGGGCCAGGCUCAUAUGCAAGCAAGAUACAGCAUCCUACAGACGUUCCUUGGUGCUGGCGACGAUUUCGUGAAGCUGGUCUCCACCAAAGAGGAUCUAUCAGACCUCGAAAUUCACCUCGAUAGGUCCAAGAUCCUCACACAUGGACGGCCUGCCGUGGAAAAAUACUUGCAGAAGUUGCACAUUUAUAAAUCUACCGCAGACGUUGCUGCCGGUACCAAGCUUUACAAUGACAUCACGUCGGUCAACGAGUGGUUUGGCACCAAGGUACGAGAUGUUGUGCUUCAAAAGAGGGUCCCCAGAAAGGUAUUUGUUCAGGCCAACACGCAGCUGCAGGGCGACAAGGUUGUUCUGAAGGAAUAUGAACCAACCCUCGAAGGAAUGAUCCAAAGCUAUGCGGAGCGCGACCUAACGCCUUUUGCUACGUACCCGUAUUCGCAUGCAUGUAGCCUGACGUUGUUUUCUGCUAUUCCACGUCGAUCAAUAGGCUCAACCGCUUUGACGGCUUCACGCAAUAAUAGUGGCACGCCUUCCACGGCGCGGCCUUCUUUGGAAAAUCUAGCCAUCGUGGAGGACGAUUCGUACACCUCCCCUCCAAUCCUCCCUCCACUCUCCGAGGCGUCCUCGUCGUCAUCGCCCGUCUCGUCUCCUUAUCCCCCGCCUUUUUCAUCAAUAUAUUUCGCGCCAGAGUCGGAAGUCGAUUGUUCGAAGGCAACGGUAACUGCAGUCGCCGGCGCUUCUAUUACAACGUUUGCUUCGCCGCCACCUCUCGAGGACUUCCCGGAAUCACAACCCGAAUCAUCUGUUGUCGCCGAUACCAAGGCGGAUCUCGAAAACGGAGACGGCAAGGGUGAAUCGUCAGGAAAAACUUCAGACGACGGAGAACCCCCGCCUCCCUAUACUGAAGGCUUCAGCCCACUCGCAUCUUUCUCGUACGUCAUGGCGGCCGCAGGCGGUGCUGCCAGUAUCAUUACCCAGGUUCAGCAGACGGGUGGCCCUCCGAUAAACACACUAGGAGAUGUAAAUGGAGAUGAACAUAUAACACUGGACCUCAGAGGCACUCGAUUCACACUUUCUCGCGAUGAGCUGUUGACGUUACCAGAAUUUGUGCUGUUGUCCUUGUUUCCUAAUGGACUGCUACCGGAUGGCCACAUGGGCGGUUUCCAUGAGGGAGAUAUCUACCCAGUAGACUAUGAUCCCAACUCCCUUCAAUACAUGUUAGAUUUCUUUCGCACUGUGGCGCAGUCAAUACCAUCAGCGUCGCCCUCGCCCUCUGGCUCUCCAGAAAUGGAUGCCAGCGACUCGAUGCACAGCUCAACGCGAGAUAUGCUACAGGACCGCGCAGGGAUCAUUGUGCUGCGGGAAGAUCUAGAUUUCUAUGUUAUCCCACCACGCCCUGGUAUAGAAUACCGUGAGAUGAUUGAGGUCAAGCGCGCCGCAGCGCGAGUUCUGUUAAUGCAAGAUGGUAUCUUCUCUGGUCUUCGGAAAAGUGAUGAGGUGGGCAGUACUGAACAGCAUCUCAUUGAGAUGCUAACCGCAGGUGGCUUCAACCAUGACGAUUCUUGGGGACAUCGUGCCCCAGAGCCCAAUAAAGCAGUUAUCUGCAGUCUGGCUCUCGCGAAGCUUCGUACCGACAUCAGAGGAGAUAUGAAUGCCAAUCCUUCAGCGGGAAUGGCUCAGAAGCUCCUUCUCUUCUGGAGAAAGCCCGCUAGGCGUUGUUGGUGGGAAGGUAUAGAGCUGGAGAACGUGGACGGUGUGGAGGGUAAGUUGAAAGUCUGGAUUCGCCGAGUGUGGACUUUAGAAAUGAGCGUUAUCGGCUUGAGGUGAUGGUGAUUCUUCCUUCGCACUCUGUUCAUAUCAUAAACAUCUCUCAUUACUGUCAUUACGCGCUCGUGCCCUUUCGAUUCUCGAGUAUCAUUUUCAUUGCCUGUUUUGCCUCUCUCGCCAGCCUCCGUGUUCUACGAUAUCCCAUUCUUUCUUUGAUACUCAGUUUCUUGGUCUUCUUAACAUCUCUUUGAAUCCCUGGCAAAGGCAGGCGUCUUGCGAGCAUAUAAAGUCGUGUCCAUUUUUCUCAUUCAUUUUUUCAAAGCCGAAUUUGGAAUAUCAUUGCGUAAACAUAUCUAACGAGGAACAAACAUGCAAAUAAUACCUCGUCUCUGGAAUCAUUGACACGAAAUUGUCUUCUUGCGUAUGGAUGCUACUAAUAGAACGGCACUAGUUAUGGCGGUCUUUAGCCACGCGAUGCCAUUAGGGGGCGCAUUAUCGCUGCAACCAUUAUCGAAAUAAACUGUAAUUAC